AUGGCUGAAGCACUCACCCAGACCGACCUUCAGGGUGCACUGAAACUCAUUGCACGUGGAAAAGUCCGGGAUCUGUACGAAAUUGAUGACAAGACAUUGCUCUUUAUUGCAACUGAUCGUAUCUCCGCAUACGAUGUGAUUAUGGAGAAUGGAAUCCCUAACAAGGGCAAACUCCUAACCCUCUGCACAAAAGCAUGGUUCCAGAUCCUCCAGGACAAAAUCCCCGGACUCCGCACCCACCUAAUCACCCUCGAUCUCCCCCCUCAAGUCCCCGAAUCCCAGCGUGCAGCUCUACAAAACCGAAGCAUGCAAGUACGCAAGUACGAAAUUUUCAAAAUCGAGGCUAUCGUUCGCGGGUACAUUACCGGAUCCGCAUGGAAGGAGUACCAGACAUCCGGUACCGUCCACAGAAUCAAGAUUGCGCCUGGUCUAAAGGAGAGCCAGGCUUUCCCCGACGGACCUAUCUACACGCCUAGCACAAAGGCAGAGUUGGGGGCUCAUGACGAGAACAUCCACCCCGAUCAAGCUGCCGAAAUUGUUGGCUCCAAAUACGCCCCCAAGAUCGCCAAACUUGCGCUCGAGCUCUACAAAGUGGCCCACGACUACGCCUACGAGCGUGGCUUGAUCAUUGCAGACACAAAGUUCGAAUUCGGCCUCGACCGCUCAACCGACGAAAUCGUUCUCGUCGACGAAGUUCUCACCCCAGACUCUUCGCGGUUCUGGCCCAAGGAUCGCUACGUAAUUGGACAGGGACAGGACAGCUUCGACAAGCAAUACCUGCGGGACUGGCUGACUAGUCAGGGACUCAAGGGCAAGGAAGGAGUCAAGAUGACUGAGGAAGUGGUGCGCAAGACGGCGGAGAAGUAUAGGGAGGCUUGGGAGAUUAUUACUGGUGGUGGGGAGCUAUAG